AUGGUCGAGGACAAAUAUGUCGGCCUCAUGUUGGCUGUUUCCUCGUCAUUAGCAAUUGGCACGAGCUUCGUCCUCACGAAAAAGGGUUUGAAUCAAGCCGGGGAGCAGCAUGGCUUUGACGGAGAAGGCUUUGCCUAUCUCCGGAGCACCACAUGGUGGGGAGGCAUCAUUACAAUGGUCCUCGGUGAAAUUGCAAACUUUGCUGCCUAUGCCUUCGCGCCUGCUAUAUUAGUGACGCCGCUGGGUGCGCUCAGUGUGCUGAUUGGUGCGGUUUUGGGAGUUUACUUCCUCAACGAGAAGCUCGGCAUUCUGGGCAAGAUUGGGUGCGCUACCUGUCUUAUUGGCUCCGUCAUCAUCGUCCUCCAUGCUCCGCCGGACAAGGAAGUGCAAACCGUCGAUGAGAUCCUCCACUUCGCCAUUCAGCCCGGGUUCAUGUUCUACUGCGUUCUGGUGAUGGCCUUCUCCAUCUUCAUGAUUUACAAGGUCGCCCCGAAACAUGGACGCAAGAACCCACUGAUUUACCUUUCAAUCUGUUCGACGGUCGGCUCGCUCUCGGUCAUGGCGGUCAAGGCUUUCGGCAUUGCUUUGAAACUCACGUUCGCGGGCAAGAAUCAGUUCUCACACCCUAGCACGUACGCUUUUGCGAUCGUCGUCGUGGUGUGUGUUCUGACCCAGAUGAACUAUUUCAACAAAGCACUCAGCCAGUUCUCUACGAACAUUGUGAACCCAUUGUACUACGUUACCUUUACCACAUUCACGCUCGUAGCCUCCUUCAUCCUCUUCCGCGGCUUCAACACGACGUCAGCAGUCAACACCAUCUCCCUCAUCUGCGGCUUCCUCGUCAUCUUCUCGGGCGUCUACCUCCUCAACCUUUCUCGAACUGAUCCCGACGGCACUUCUGGUCUGGCGAAUUCGUUCGGUGAUGCAGUGCCGACCGAUGGUAUUGCAACAUUCCAGACACGCCGGUCUAUGCAGUCGAGGCGCAGCGAUGAGUCGGGCUUUGCGGGCCGGGGAAGCCUCGGCGACCGUGAACGCCUCAUGCGGUCAUAUGACCGGGAUUUUGACUUGGAGGAUGGUCAGGCGUUCGGACUGGGCGACCUCGCCGACGAUAGCGACGAGGACGAUGGCAGCGGCCGGAAGAGGACGAGUUUCGAGGAACCGAGGCUGGGCAGCACCAGGAAUUCCCGAUCCGGACGCUCUACCCCAUCAGGAAGCGGCAGGAGAGGUACUCCCGUACAACUCGAGAAGGGCUCAGUGAGACCAAACAAGAAGAGCAUGGAUAGGUGA